ACGUGGCAGCUCAUCAAUACACUCAUAGCGCUGACCCAACAGCCGGAACCGGUAGCCGUUGUGUUGACUAUACAUCAGCCGAGUGCCAGACUUUUCAAUCUGUUUCACGCGAUAUACUUGUUGUCGGCGGACGGGCAGUGCAUAUACAACGGCCCCCCAAAGGCCAUGAGAUAUACGUUCAACGAGUGCGGACUGGAGUGCCCGCAGUUCACCAAUCCAUCCGACUUUGCUCUGGAGGUGGCCUCCAAAGAGCAUGGGGUGGACAGACUGGUCACCCUGGCCACUAUUGUUAAGACUGAUGCCAAACAAAUGCCCGCAAAUAAGUAUAGGAUUAAUAAUAAUCACGAGUUUCGCACCUUAAGGGAUGUUUACUUACUUACUGUUAGGUCCUUCCAGACCAUGAUUAGAGACCCGUUUAUGCUUCCCAUGAGAUUCUUCGGCUACAUUAUCGUGGCUCUUCAGAUAAGCCUACUGUUUGGCACAGACAGUGGUGUAUUAUCCGGUUGCCCCUCCGACUAUGGUGUAGGGGAUGGCAGUAAUCUGAUUCAGAAGGCCCUCGAGACCGCCGCCGACCUCUUCGAGAACUGCUGCGGAUUGGCCUACAUUUGUCUGUUUGGGUGGUUUGGCGGCAUAUUUCCCGUACUCUUGAUAUUCCCCAUAGAGUUGAAUGUAUUUCUUCAGGAGUAUGGGAACGGCUACUACUCGAUCUUCUCAUACUUCAUGUCCAAAGUGUUGAGUGACAUCCCCUUUAGCCUAAUAUUGCCUAAUUUGACCGCCUUUCCCGUAUACAUACUGACCGGACAAUACAUGGGCGACAUUUGGCGUGUGUUUAACUUUGCCUUCAUUUUCAUACUAAUCUCAUUCAACUCGAGUGCACUGGGAUUCCUAAUAGGGGCCUCCCUGUCCGACUAUCCCGGUGCUAUCGCAUUCAUGGGCAUGCUAUCAUUGGUACCGUUAAUCCUGUUAUCGGGUAUUAUGAUCAACCUAAAAAGAAUGCCCAUUUAUUUCCAGUGGAUAACAAACAUCAAUUAUAUCCGCUUUGGUCUGACCUCCUGUCUCAUCAAUAGCUAUGGGUUUGGGAGGUGUGACCAAGAGGUAGGCGCUCACAACGGGACGUUCAACAUAUUGGACGCCAUUCCCGGCGAUAAACUCAUGGAAAUCGCGUCGUCCGACAAAAUUGAUUCCCAAUUACUGUUGAAAUCCAUUAAUUCAUUGAUAACCGGCGGUAAAGAUGGCGAAAAUAUAUCCAUUAUUAUGGAUAUGUUCUCAUUAACCGAUUCAGACUAUUAUUUCUGUAUAUUUAUGCUGUUUAUCCACUUUAUUAUCUACCGUUCCCUCACUUAUUAUGUGAUCCUCACGAAAGGGGUCUCAAAGACCAAGUGA